AUGAAUAGGGAAUUUAUCACACAUUAUCACAGCACUAUCAAUGCAUGCACAAAGCACAUUAUCAUUUCAGGUGCACGGGGCGCACAUCUCAAGCAUGCAGUUGUUGAGCAGAAUAUACCAUCAAGUGAUGAAGAAUUUUCGCAUGAUUCUAUUACAAUGCACAUUAAUAUACCUGAGCAUAAGGGCCAGAAAUUUGUCGCAUCAAACAUCGAAAAUGAAGUGACAUUAAAUAAAUUUGAUACUGUCACUGAUAGUGUUGACAAUAAUGCUAUCAAUGACAUCCAUGAAAGAUCCAAUCUUUCACCAAUAAUAAUUCCUAAGGAAUGGAAUAUGGAUCCUGAUGGAUACAGAUACAUUGACAAAACUUAUACCACAUUAUUGAAUUCACAUAUCCAUGAAUCGUUAACAAUCACUACUCCUUCUACAACUCUAUCAUCUAAUGGACCUGUAAAAUCAGCAAUGGAAAAUGCCGCUCCAUCACUGGCUUCUGUGUCGAUCAUCUCAAGUACUGCUGGUACUGCGCCUACUUCAAUCUCUUCGACGAUAUCCAUCAAUCACUCCGUUACGGCAAUUUUUGCAAGUAUCAGUACCAUGCCAAUCUCUUCCAAGACGGUCGAAAAGUCAGGCCCAAUCUCUUCUUCUCAAAAACUAGCUUCAGAAUCUAAAAUUGUUAACAAUAGGGGAGAAGAGUCAGUUGAACCAUCCAUUCAAUCUCCACCGCAAAUUCUCAGUCAACCUAUUCCACCCGGUAAAUCGUGGCUUUAUGAUGGUUUGCAAUCCAUCAUAAACUCGCAGAUUCUUCCGGAACAACAUUCACAGCAAGAAGAAUUAUCAGAUAAAAAAUUAUCAUUCGGUUCUUUUGAUCCCAUUGGUACAUUUGCUCUUGCAACAUUUAACACAGCUCUUAAUAACAAUGAUAAUAGCCUUCCUAUUACAACAACCGUAAUGAAUACAUCAAGAAAACCAUUAAUAUCAACAAAUGAUCCGGCGGUUUUGUCCACCUCUAUCCAAAAGUUGUCACCAAAUGUAAUAGAUACUACAGUAGGUAGCAAUGAAUUUCAAACGAAAAAGUCAAUUGAAUUGUCGGAAAAAUCCAUGAAGGGAUCUGAAGAAAACCAUUAUUUCAAUGCUGAUUCAUCGAUCUUCAUGAAUGCUCCCAGUUUUCAAAAUCAAACUCAUACAGUGGUAUCAGGUGACUGGACAGGAAACAGUAACAUUAACAUUAUGACGAAGCAGCUUUCGUUUGCUUCAAACGGUACAAAGGAAACGGAGAAGGAAGAAAGUGAAGGAAAACAGGAUUUAUCAUCACAUAACAUCGGUAAUACACUGAUAGUAAAGCCCGGAAAUGAUGUCUUACACUCAUUUAUACCCGACAUUCAAGAAACAUCAACAGAAGUUCAUACUUCUCUCGGACAAUCGGAUUCUCAAUCUGAUAUGGUAGUGAAUCAAGAUCAUCGAAUAAACACUGUAGGUCACAGAUUCCACUCCUUAAAGCACCAACAAUCACUUCCGGAAAAUCUCAGUGAAACAACAAGACAGCAAUUUAUAGCAGUAAAUGAUACACAGGUAGCCCAGAACACCUCCUUCCAGACAACUGACAAACAAGGUGAAAAUGAAGAAGUGCUAAGAGAUCAAACUACCAUAAAUACACCUGAGGAGGAAAUGAUCGAAUCUGAAACAUCAAAUGCGCAUGAGGAAGAGAUGACAGAGUUUGAAAUAUCAAAUAAGCAAAACAUUUCCAAUUCACAAGUGACAUCGCUAACAACACCGGAUGAGGUAACCCAUCCUAUUGUUACCUCAUUGCAACAAUUGCAACCUGAGGAUGACACAUGCGUAUUACCGCCAGAUGCUGGUACUUGUCAUGAUUAUGUACUUCGUUGGUUUCACAAUUCACAAACAGCAAAAUGUGAACAAUUCUCAUAUGGUUCAUGUGGUGGUAAUAGUAAUAACUUUCUUAAUAGACAUGCUUGCGAGACAAAAUGCACACAAGAUGAGCCGAUUAAAUCACAGUUACCAGAACGAUGUACCUAUAGGAAAGAUGAGGGUUAUGGUAAUGGAUAUAACGUUAAGUGGUAUUUCAACGUGCGUAACUUACGUUGCGAACAAAUGGUAUAUAAAGGUGAAGGUGGUAAUUCGAAUCAAUUUGAAACGCUUGGUGAAUGCCAAACCUUUUGCAUAUCAUUGGAUGAUGAAGUUCAUGCGAUGAAUACAACUACCAAACAAAUUGCGCAUUCGUUAAAAACUACCUCCAUAGAUCUUCUUCAACAAGAUUUUGCUGCUGCAUCACAUGAUCAGGAAAAUCAACAUGUUGUAUCGACGAUUACCGGAACAGAUAAAAUGUCAAAGAGGCAGCACCAUAUUCAUGCUAUUUCUCAGAAUGCUCCUGAAAAUCACCAUCACAGGAUAAUAUCAGAUAAUGAUUCGAUUGGUGAUGAAGAAAUACAGCAAAUCAGUUCAAAGCAACAUCAUACAUCAUCAAGUAUAUCAGCACAACCAUUUAUACCGGUAACACCUGCACAACUAAUUCCUCAAAGGUUAGAUGGAUCGACAAGGAAAACAAUGACUAUGGAGGAAUCACCUUCUCCAGAACUAUCAUCGCUUACUUUAGAAAGGAAAAUUAUUGAUGCGAAAACAUUUGGAGCAACAAUUGUAAACAUAAGCAAUGAUGAUCAUGUUGAUUUGCCAAGAAUUGUUGAAGAAAUAAGCCAAGCACCAAGUUGUCCUAAUGGCCUUAAGCCAAUGCAACAUGCAGAUGGUAGACCGAUGAUGUGUUUACCAGGUAGAAAUCAAUGUACCGGUAAUUCACUCUGUUACUUCAAUGGUGUUGAUUUCUUUUGUUGUCCAAAUGCCGAUGAUCCAUACGAUGAACAUGUAUUUGGAGGCUAUGGCGGUGAUGAAGUAAAACGUGGAUAUAAGAGUGUCAAAAAGAGACCAAUAAAUGGUAACGAACUGAUUGUACGAAAACUUAGGUUAAAACGUCAGGCGCAAAUUAUUACCAAUCGUCCUUUAGCAAUAAAUACAGCUGCACGGAUCGAUUCCAAACUACCGAAACAAUCAUUGGCCAAAGCAUUAUUUACAGUAAACGGUAGUAAUAGUAGGCAGGUAAAUAAUAUUUGUAUGCAAAAUGUUAAUACGGGUAAAUGUACCGAAGCUCAUCUCCGAUUCUUCUACGAUCCUCGAGUGGGCACUUGCCGAUUGUUCUAUUAUAGCGGUUGUGGCGGUAAUGAGAACAAUUUUGCAACGGAGGACGAAUGUCGACAGCGAUGCAAAAAUGAUAAAAUACACAUUGAGAAUACACCACCAGGAAGCUGUCCCUUUGGUGAGCCACCUCUUGGUGAUAAUGCACCUGUAAUAUGCGGUGACGAUGCAGGAUCAUUCGAAUGCCCAAAAGGAUAUUAUUGUCGCAUGGGACCACCUAAUGUAUGCUGCCUCGAAAAAUUCCUUCCAGUUUUGGAAAAAGCAUUAGUGACAAAAAAAAAUCAGAAAAAUAUUCGUUUUUCACCACGAAAACCAAAUGAUGAUAUUGGUUAUCAACCGGAAGAAGGUCAGAAAGGAAGCGAAGUGGAGAGUUCGCAAUCGUUAAUUGUGCCAACAAACAUUUGUCCGGAUGGUUCCGAUGCACUAGUUGAUGAUUCUACUCAACAACCGCUCAAAUGUGGCUCAGGUUAUGAUGGUCAAUCACUUUGUCCAGUUGGCUAUUAUUGCUCUAUUGAUUCAGAGAAGAAUGGACGAUUAUGUUGUCAGCUUGGAGUAAUGGGAGUGAAGAUCCCACCUCCUCCAAAGAUACCACCAUAUUUCGGAUUGCGACCCUCAAAUCCAGGCGAAGUACUCCCACGCGGAUCUUUGCCAUCUGAUUAUAUUACGCAAAAACAUCAAGAAACCGGAAUAUCAAAUGUAGCUGAGUCUAGUGAAGGGUACCGGUCGCAUCUAGUUUUAGGCGGCAAUAAAUUAGCCACCAAUGUACGACCUAUAAUUGAUUCUCGAGCACCAGAAAAUGAGGCGAUAGACCAUUCCGGAAAUCUCGUUCCGGUUGACCAAGCAGCAGAUUCUUCCAGAAAUCUCGUUCCAUCUGACUCCAAAUUGCAAGAUGAUGUUUAUGGUCGAAUGAUGCUUAAAUCAAAUGAUCAAACAUUUCGAACACAGGCUUCACCUGAAACGGAAACUAACGAAGUUCAAAUUGAUGUUGGAGAAAUGAAAGAUCCAUUUGAAUCAUUGGAAUAUGCUCAAAAAACCACUUCCGAUCGAAGUAUUUGCCUUCUGAAGCCUAAUGAAGGUCGAACAUGUCGGGAAAAUGAAUCACCUCCUCGAACAAACUUACAGUAUUUUUAUAGUAGUCGUGACAAACGUUGUAAACUCUAUUUCUAUCGAGGAUGCGGUGGUAGUCAGAAUCGAUUCGAUACCAAAAGGCAUUGCGAAUUAACUUGCGCCGGUAUGUAA